GAUAAGACGGGGGGGCGGAGGGGGGGGCUCAUUCUGUGCCGCUCGGUCUCCCCUCCCCCCGCAGCCCCGGCGGGGCGCAAGGCAGCACUGAGCAGCCGGCUACUUUCGGUAUCGUUUGCGGCCGGACUCCGACUCCCUCUCUCCUUAUUGGUCCGAAAGUUGCCUUUUAACCGGCGGGCUGUAAACACGCAGCCCCUUUCCGCGGCGCCCGGGGAAGAGACCCACCCGCGCAGCAGCGUGACAGCGACUUUCGCGGCCCCCGGGGAGUGCGGCGCACGUGGGCGCCAGGGAAGAGGCGCUGGGGGCGGCAGCCCCCCCCGCGCUGUCUGCACCCGGGGCCCGCUGGCCUGCCCCUCCCCCGCACCCCCCAGCGCCGCUGCUCUUUGCCGACCAGCCGGGGACCCAGCAGCGGGGGGGUCCCGCGCUCCAGGCCAGUGCCGCGGGGCGGAGCCGCCGCCGCCGCCGACCCCUCUCCGCGCCCGGGUUUCCUGCCCGAGCCCGGCGCCGCCCGGCCCGAGGCAGCAGCACCUGGCCCCGCGGCCAGCACCAUGGGCGAGCGCCACACGGACGGCUUCUCCUGCAGCGCACCUGAAUCGCUCCAGUCACUGCAAUGAAUGGCCAGACUAUCCCAGCAAGCACUCCCGGGCGUUCCCAGGGCUGGAAUGAGUUCUGCGAGCUGCACGCCAUCACCACGGCCAAGGAGCUCGCCAAGAAGUACCUGCUGUUUGCCACCGAGAACCCCCACCAUGACCUCCUGGCAGCCGAGAACUUCUCGGUGCAGUUCACAGACCUCUUCCAGCAGUACUUCUGCAACGAGGUGAAGGAAGGCUUCGCCAUGAACCAGUUCAGGGUCCUGCCCUUCAGCAGGGUGCGGGACUAUAGGGAGACCAGCAAGAGGCACGCGGACGCCUCUUCGGGGCCGGUCGCGGCCAAGGUGGAGACGGAGCUGACUGCCCAGUCUGAGGCUGACAGAGCUGCUGACACUAACGUCCGGGGCCUGCCCAAGUCGUGGAGCUCUGAGGAGCUGAUGGGGGCAGCCUCCCCUCUGACCACCAGGAGACACUUCUCCCUCACCCAGCUGCGGCGGAGCUGGCGCAAGUUCCUGCGCCGGGGAUCCUCCGAGGCCAUCCCGGGAGAGGGGGAGACGCUGGAGCCUGCUCUCAAGACUGGGCUGACCAAAAAGAUCCUGCCGUGGACCCUGUCCCGAGAUCAGGCUCACGAGGUGUGCAAGGAGGGUCUCUUAAAAUACGGCAUGGUAGAUGAAACCACCAUGGACAGUGGGACACGCUGGCAGCGGUGCCGAUUGGUUCUACGGAAGGCAGGGACGUCGGACAAUGAAGAAUAUGUCUUGGAGCUGUUUGAUCCCCCCAAGUGCUCCAAACCCAAGCUGCUCACGACCUGCUCCGCUGUCCAAGAGAUCCGGAGAUGCACCCGCCUCGAGAUGCCAGACAACAUGAACACCUUUGUACUCAAGGUGAAUAACUGCACAGACAUUGUAUUCGAGGCUGGGGACGAGCAGCAGCUGAGUUCCUGGACAGCCGAAAUCAAAGAAUGUACGGCCCGAGGGUCCGGGGGAGCCGAUGUAGAGCUGCUCUCAGGCCAGCACUCUGACACCGUGGCGUCCAGCCCUGCCACUGGCAGCACCGACUCCCUUACCCAAGGCGCUAUGCACUGUGGGCAGCCAGAGCCGUCCUGCCAGAAAACCGACCAGUUCCUCUCGUCCUACCCCUGGUUCCACGGCCCCAUUUCGCGUGUCAAAGCCGCCCAGCUCGUGCAGCUGCGGGGGCUGGAAGGCCACGGGGUUUUCCUUGUUCGACAGAGCGAAACCCGCAGGGGCGAAUACGUCCUCACCUUCAAUUUCCAAGGCAGAGCGAAGCACCUGCGGCUCUCGCUGACCGAGCGGGGGCAGUGCCGGGUGCAGCACCUGCGCUUCCCCUCCAUCCUGGACAUGCUGCACCACUUCCAGCGGUGCCCCAUCCCUCUGGAGUGCGGCGCGGCCUGCGACGUCAAGCUCUCCAGCUACGUGGUGGUCAUCCCGUCGCCCCAAGGUUUGGGCUCAAGCAACACCAUCUUGCUCCCGUUCUCCGUCCCUAAUUGGAGCUCCGAACUCAACCUUACCCCCCUCAGUCCCUCCAGCUGCCCCCGGCUACACAUGACAGACGACAUUCACCACAGUUCUCAGCCAGAACAGAUCUUCCACCUGGUGCCCUCUCCAGAAGAACUGGCCAACAGCCUCCGAGACAGCGAGGUGGCCGUCCUGCACUCCAGCCGGCAGCGAGACUCUGACUACGAGCUGGAUUCCCCUGGCAGGGGCCACCUUCGGGCUAUUGACAAUCAAUACACACCACUCUGACACGAUGUGGGGGAGGGGUGCAAACCAUGCACUUUGGCUUGGAGCCCUGUUAGGGAACUUGUGUUAUAGAUUUGGGGAAGUAGAUGAAAAGAAUGUAACUGGGGAUUUAUUGUUUCUGGUAAGGGAGGGGGUAAGAUAUAGAAAUUGUUCACGCCACUAUGGGUGUGAUCCCUCGAUUAGGCCUGUUAAAGGGCCUGUUUUACAUAUUAAAGCUUUCUGAUGACUGUUUACACCUCGUUCCUGUUAACAUGCCAGGCUCUCUGCCCUUUAGGCUAAUAUCUCACUUCGGCUCUGUCACAGGAGCUUCUGGUCUUCGCUGCCCUUUUUGACAUGACCGAGCCCAGAAAAGAAACCAGAAGGUUCCAUUACAGCCACAUAAUUGGACAAAAAUGGAUUUGAAGUUCUUUGUGACAAGUUACUGAUCUGGGUUGUGCGUAAGCAAAGAAAAGUCAUUUUGUGAUGGCCAAGGAAUGUGCUGCAGUUGCAUAAGUCAUAGUUCCAUAUUUCAAACAGAGCAGUAGCCUUAUCGCUAACCUAAGAGUUCAUUCGUUACUUUUGGAUAUGGAGAGUUCGGGCUUUACCUUAAAUCACGUUAGCAUUUAAAAAAACAAAACAAAACAAACCGUGGUGCCAUUGAAGUCACAGCUACAGCCAUGGGCAAAGGAAAUGCUUACAUCUAUUAGUCACGAUUAAAAAGUGAACACUAACUUCCUCCUAUUAAUAUAGGCUUAACGUAACUGAUCAGAGGACAAAAGAGGAGACUGACAUCUUGUCAUAGCCUUGGCGUAAAACUUCCUUUCUGCUGUGGAAAUCUUUUAGGCACAAGUCUAGAGUUCAGCAAAAGUUUUUUUCCCAAAUAUGUUACCUCAGGUUGGUUCUUCAAAGCAGGAAGGGUGUUGAUAACCAGCCCGUUGCUUGCAUUUAAAAAAACAACUCUUUAAAUACUAGAUCAUAUUUUGUUAAGUAAAGCUAUGCAAUACAACUCCCCUGAGUGUCAUGGUUUUCCAGCCAGUUUGGGUGUAACCUUUUCUCCCCAAUAUUCCCCUUGCCUGUAGGUCUUAGGAAAAGCACUUUGACUGUUGGGGUUUUGACAGCGCUUUUGCUAUUUAUGGAGAAGCAACAUGAUCCCCUUCGGUGGAACAAAGUUACCCAAAAGGGGGGGUGCACUAAUGACCCUUCUUCUCAUACCUUAUUGUGACUAGGGUUAGACUUUGGCAUUUCCUCAGUUAGAAUUACAGUUGCAGGAGGAGAUGUGACAUAUUUGCCUUGUGCGUCUUUACUGAGAGACAGGUCUGUGCAGAGCUGUGUGUUAGGAGUUAAGAUUUAUAGAUUCACAAGCAGUAAAUAGGUAAUUUCACUAACCCCUAAAAUUGUCACUAGGCCCAACCUCUUUUCAAGGUAAAGCACUUCAGUUACGCCAGAGUUGAGCCACACCAGAAGGGGCUCAAUGGUAGAAGAGACUCUCUGGAAUGUGGCUUAAGGGAGCAACGCUUAAAAAAAAAAAAAAAAAAAAAAAGACAUUCAACUUAAAAAGCCCCUCUGUCUGAAUUUUGUACACCCAGUAUGUGUCUUCCUGUAAUUGUAAGUUCGCAAAAGAUGCUGUUCCCUCCAGAUCACUUUUGUGCAUUUGACAGCACUUUGUCAAGUCAGCGUCUCCCUUCAUGGAAAGGCCCUUAAAUUCUGGCCAUAGAAUUAAGUUCUAUAUACAUAAAUGGGACCAAGAUUUCUGCACCAUCAGAAACUGGAAUUCUACCAUCUCCCUUUUUUAUAUUCAAGUGGCCAGUGCCCUUAUCCUCACCAAAUACAUUUCUAAUGCACGAGCAGACUGCAAGGGACAGGAAAACCAAGACAGUCUCAACUUCAUCCCAGCUUUGCAAAAGAAGCUGCUGAAGCACCCAUCAAUCUCUGUUCCCCCACUUUUGUCUUGGGAUUUCUCCGAGGCAAGGUAUUUCUCAAGCCCAGAGUGAUAGGCUAUAGUAUACUAGGGCUCCUUUACACUCAGUAAGUGGAGCUAGCCACAGGAUGGUUUCUGCCAAACAAUUCACUCCCCUCCAUCUCUGACAAACUGAGUCCACUUAUAAGCCCAUAGAGUAGCUUCUCAGUUGGAGUAAAUUGUCCAUUGCCCCCGGGUGACUUCAGCGGAGCUCUGACACACCACCAGUCAAGGAUCUUCCCCUUGGCCUUUUAAAAAAAUGAGGUUCAAGAACUAAAUAGAAGAAUGAUGUGGAAGAUGGCUACUUCUCUCUGCAACCCUUAGGAAGUGCUUGUUUUAUAGGCUAAACCUUGCUUCAAAGCCAUCAUCAGCAUGUCCCACUGACCACUAAUCAACCUGCACUUUUGGCAGGCAUGCUCAAAGUAUUCAUUCCAUGCAGAGCAAAGCAGGAGUGGCUGUGACAGAACAGGGUGUGAAGGCGGAAUGCUCAGCACAGCUCUCAUGCCUGUUGGUAAACAAAGCACCCAGGCUGCUUCUGGGUUGAGAUUUUUGGCCUAAGUCUUAUUAAGUGCCAGCAACCAAACAUAUACAUAUUUGGAAUUAGGUUGAAUUGCUAGGGCCUUCUUUCUGGACUAAAUGGAACUUUUUUUUCUUAUUUAAUACAAUAUACACCAAGUUGGUCGUCAUUCAUUCAGUGCUCCUGUGCAAACAAAUCCAAGCACGUGACUAUAAGUUCCUUCUUCUGGUACCUAGUUGGAAGGUUGUUCUGAUUAUUCACCAAAGUUGCAGUUGUUUCCUUCUAGAAUUUCACUGUCAAGUUAGCCAAAGCUAGGGAGAAUUUUGAUAAUCCAGAUUGAAAGGCUGGCAGACCACUCCAGUUCACUGCUGAAGGGGAUUGUGUAUGGAAUCUGAAGAAUUGUACACUGACCGCUAACAAACAACAGAAUGACUGUUCACCAUCUCCAGCCUUCCCCAGCAGUGUUUGGCCCAUCUCAUUCCUUUCCUUCUCCAGCCAAAGGUCUAAACUUUCCCUAACUGGGCAAAUAUUCUUCCAGUCCUUCCCUGUGUUGCUCCAACAGAGCCUCUCAUCUCCCCCUCACUUUGGUGUUGGGUCCUAAAACCAAUUAUACAAUAAUUGCAGGGUCAGUUCUUUAAUCUAUUUUCCCAGGUCGUGGGAAGCUGAACUUCUCAGAAUUCCAUCCCUGCUAAAAAGUAGUUGGCUUGUGAUACAUUUCCAAGUCUGACUUAGUUUCCCUUCCUCUUCUGUACUGCCAGGACUAUUUCAUAACUCACUCAGUACACACAAUGCCCUCGUAGAAACCUGGGGACAAAACAUUAUGCCCUUGAAACAUACGCAACUUCAAAGUAAUUAUAUGGACUUCUCUAAGAUCUUUUUGCCGAGUAACUAGUGAAGGUCUGUGGCAUGUUUCAACAUUGACUUUUAUUGUAAAAGAUUUUUUUUAUAUUUAAAAGCACAUUAAAUAACAUCUUGUAGGCCAAGGAAUUAGCUGCAUUUAUGAAGCGUUCUCAAGACAGUUGCUUUCAAUAGUCACAGUCUUAGCAGGAUGGAAAGGCAAAGGGCGACACUGAACUUUUGCAUGUCUCACCUUAGCAGCUGAGCAGUUGCCUUCUCCCCCGGACUACCGGAUACCAGGGAACACUGCCAGCAAGCUGCCUGCUUUGACCUAGGUUCUCAGCCCCUGCUAGAAUCUCAGGAUCCAGAGAAGGGGCACACAAAAUUAAAUCUGAUUGGUUCCAAAGUCUUACCUCUGAGGCUGACUGAUUGAAAACAGCUUGUCUAAGGGCUGGCACCAUAAAGGAGACCAGCAUUUCUGAUCUUCCACAGCAAUAACAGGUGGCUGGGCUAGUGAAACGUUUCUUUUUUCAUAGCAACCUUAGGGCUGCGCUCCACAGUGAAGACGUAACAGUAUGUAGGGCCUCAACUCGCUCAGCCUCUUGCCAGGCAGCAGCCUGGUUUAGCAGGUCACUGUGAGAGAGGCUACUGACUGUGCCAAAACAGAAACAGAGCCCUCCCACCCCCAACUCUACACCCCCUUAUUCGUAUGAAAAGCCUUACUUGCUAUUUGCUGACAAACGGGCACUGCCUACAGGCAACUCUCGCAUGUCCUCCUGGUAGACAGGCUGUGCAGGAGAAGUUUGUGUUUAUCACUAUGAAGUACCAUUCCGGUCUAGCUCACUGAAUGGGCCAACCCCACAGGGAAAGGCUAACCCAGCGUGUAAGAACAGGGUACCUAAAACACCGACAGCAACCUCAUUGAUCCUUCUGCUUCAAGGCUGCGUUCCACAGCGAAGCUUUGAAGAAAAGGUCCAGGUCCAGCAGAGGAAGCAUCAAAGCCAACAUCAUCAAAGAAUUAAGGCAGCCUAGUCUGUGCCACCGUGAUGCAAUAUUGACUGACUGUUGAUAUUCCUUGGACCACAGAAAACUGUCAGUUUAGAGCCGAUGUGGUUUUACUUUACUAUGCAUAUAAGGCCUUUCAGUCUUGACUGACAAGUUUGAGUACAAUAUUCCAUAUUUCAAUGUAAAAGCUUGUUGUAUGAGAACAGGAUGUUAUCUUAGCCAGCACAUGCCCACAGCGUAAGAGUUCAGAGUGCAUUCUAUCGUUCACUGCCUUUUUAUCCCAUAGGCAAAUUAAGGCCAACAAGGGUUUUGUUGGAAUCAAGUGCAUUUAUUUCAAAGCUCUACUUUUCAUCAACAGAAUUCUUGUAUAGUAGAUUUUCUAUGUAUUGUUUCUGUAUGUACUGUACAAGUAACUUAUUCUUGAAUAAUGCAAUUUUGCUAUAAUGUACAAAUCAGCUCUUAAAUAAAUUGUUU